AUGCCUCCAAAGCCCACAAGAACGCUUGUAGUGGACAACGGUUCAUACACAAUCAAAGCUGGAUUCGCCGCUGAAAAUGCCGUUCCAGAGGAUUGCUUACAGGUCCCAAACUGUCUUGCCCGCGCAAGAGACAAACGCGUGCUGGUUGGUCAGCAGCUGGAUAGUUGUCGAGACUUUGGAUCUAUGUCAUUCCGAAGACCUGUCGAGAAGGGCUAUCUGGUCAACUGGGAGGCAGAGAAGGAAAUAUGGGACAGGACCUUUCUAGAUUCAGAUUCAAAGUUACAAUGCGAUCCCAGGCAAACAGUUCUCCUACUCACUGAGGCCCCCAAUGCACCGUCAGCUCUACAAUCAAAUUGCGACCAGAUGGUCUUUGAAGAAUACGAGUUCAGCGCCUACUAUCGUUGCGUCCAACCUUGA